AUGCCACCAAGGAGAGAAAAUCCCGACAUUGCGCAACUUGUGUCAGAGCAACUUCUAGCCGCACUUCCCAACAUAGUUAGUCAAGUGGCUGCUGGCUUGAACGUUAACCAACCAACAAACUCUGAGCCUAGACCUCCCAGAGAAUGCACUUACAAAACCUUCAGAUCCUGCAAUCCAAAAGAAUUCAAUGGGACUGAGGGUGCAGUAGGGCUAUUGACUUGGAUAGAGAGUAUGGAAUCUGUCCUCCAUAUUAGUAAGUGCUCUGAAGUAAAUAAAGUGGAGUAUGCGACAUGUUUGUUACAAGGGAGGGCACUUACCUGGUGGAAUACAUUGGUACAGACUAGAGGUCGAGAAGCGGUCAACCAACUUUUGUGGGAGGAGUUCAAGAAACUCCUUAAGGCCGAAUACUGCCCCAGAAGUAAACUUCAAAAGUUGGAAAUGGAGUUAUGGAAUCUUGAAAUGAAAGGGGAUAAUAUAUCUGCAUAUACGGCUCGAUUUCAUGAGUUGGUAAAUCUAGUGCCACAUCUAGUGACGCCAGAGGAAGUUCGCAUAGAGAGAUGCCAUCUAGGGGGUCACACAGCAAAGGAUUGCGGGAGACGAUUAUGUUUCGAUUGUGGGAGUCCAGAUCACAUGAGGAAUGUUUGUCCAAAGAGGAAAUCAGGAGCAAAUGCAAGCCAAACCCGGCAGGUAGAUCCUGCCAAGAUCGAGGCUGUUAGAAAUUGGAAAGCCCCAAGAACCCUAACCGAGAUCCGAUAA